AUGCAUCACUUUGUUCUUCCCAAACUAUUACUAAAUCAUCAUUACCAACGUCAAGAUUCAUAUAAAACUCAUCUCUUCCUUUUCUAAGCUGUCUUUUUUGUCUUAAGUCAUAAGCUAUAGAGUUGCAAGAUUAUUACAAUGCCAACUAAAAGUCGCAGUUACCAAGUCUCUGCUACACCAGUAACCAUGCUUGCUCAUCUCAUACUCGUAGCUGUCGCCACUCUCGUGCUUGUUUGGCUCCUACACUUCGAGGAAGGCUUUGCUUUCGUAUCACAUACCAAAAUAAAGAUUUUGAACGUGCACACGUUUCUAAUGAUAGUUGGAUUCAUACUCGUAACAGGAGAAGCUAUUAUGGCUUACAAGACAAUACCAGCAAAAAGAAAGGUUCAAAAGGCAGUUCACUUAGUGUUGCAUCUGAUAGCAAUGGUGGCUGGAGCUUUGGGUGUUUAUACAGCUUUUAAGUAUAAGCAUGAGAUUGGAGCUAAAGAUAUGGUUACUUUGCAUUCCUGGCUGGGCAUAAUUACCAUCUCCCUCUUUGGUCUACAGUGGGUGUUAGGGUUCUUCUCAUAUGUGUUCCCUGGGGCAGAAAUGUCGGCAAAAGCCUCAUAUAUGCCAUGGCAUGUUUUUGGAGGAAUGUUUAUAUUCUUUCUUGCUAUUUGCACAGCACAGACUGGUCUGCUUCAGAGGUUCAAAACCUUAAACCAAGAAGGCCUUAUUGUGAACUUCACUGGUCUCUUGCUUGUUCUCUUUGCAAUUGGCGUUGGCCUUAGCGGUUUCCUUCCUCAGGGCCGAGGAUUCUGAUUACUGGCCAUCCAAUUUUGAGAUCUCUUCAUUCAACAUGUCUUCUUUGAUCUGAAAAAAAAAUAAAAUUGUUACCAUUUGUUGUUGAAUGUCUGUUCAAUUAAAAAUAAAAGGGGAUUUAUAAUUUAUUGAUUAAGUUACA